AAAACACUGACUAUUUAUUUUCUGACACUUCCGCAGUGAACGCGGCGAAGUCUCAUGUCCAUUACUCAAUGGCCUAACUGUCCGUCUUCAAGACUAGAUAUCUAGAUCUAGAGUCUAGAUCUACCUCAGAAAGCCACUUGAGCUUUGAGCGGCUAUACAGAACACUAGUUUUCUUCUUUUUUUUUUCUUUUUUUUUUUACUUCGCAGCUUUCUGGAAAACAAACUGCAGCAAUGCCGGGACAGUGCUAUGGCUGCGGCGCAGAGUUUGGAAUUUUCAAGAAAGAGCGUGGUUGCAAGAACUGUGGUUUUGCUUUUUGCAGCAAGUGCCUAGCUGAAAAGAGCAUUGCUAUUCCAAAAAGGAACAAUUCAAAGCACCAUGUUUGUGUCAAGUGUUAUAAUAUUCUUUCUGGGCAAGCAGAACCCAAUCAAGCACAGGUGCCCUAUGAGUUACCAGAGGCGUACUUAAAACGGGUGGCUGCCUUGAAGGAGAAAGAGGUUUCCCAUCCUUCUCAUAGUGGCGGUCAAAAGGUCCCAUCACAUUUACGCUCUCUGGACCCACCUGACAGACAGAUAGCCAUGCGGUUGGAAAAACUGAAGGACAAGGACAAGCCUAAGGAAAAAGUCACAGACAAGGGUCUCAAUGCUCGUCUUGCUCAGCUCAAAGGUCAAACAUACACACCGGAUGCUAAACCUGUGUACAGACCACCUGACAGACGACUACAGCCGCAGCAAGUAGAUGAUUUGUUGGAGGAGAUUGCUGCUGAGGUGGAGAUAGACAGUCACCGGCCGAAUCCGGCACAGGAAGUGGAAGCACGGCUCGCCCAGUUCCGCUCAGAAUGUGGAGCGUCUAAACCUGCUGCGGAUGCAAACAGUCAGAGUGAAGGAGGCAAAUCCGGGGACCUUGGGAGCAACCUGAACAAAGCCAACGUGUCUGAUGCCACCGCCAGCAAGUCUUUUUAUAACAAAAAUGUGGGCAACAUUACAGGCCCAUCUGCCAGCGGAGAGGAGAUGGACAUGGAUGAGAUGCAGAGGCUGAUGGAGCAGGCUGCACGGGAGAUGGAGCUGGACGCUCAGAAAGCCCUACAGGGUAUGGAGAAGGACAAAGAGUUAAUGGACAAACUCAGAGAAAUACAAAAGAAAAAGGAUGAAAAGAAGAAUGCUGACCCCGGAUCAAAUGGAUCAGAAGUCGACAACACAGCCCAAGCUGCGUCACUGGCUGCAGCUGCAGUGACCGAAGACGAUGAUUCCGAUGAUGAAGAAGAUGAGGAUGCCGCUGCUAAAAAAAUUAUUCAAAGAUAUUUUGAGGAAGUUAAAAUAGAUGAAAGUGUUGGUGACGAUAUCCCUGCAAAAGGAUCCAAGUCCAGUGGGAAACAGGGAGCGGCGAAGAAAAAUAAAAAGUCAGCAACACCUGCAAAUGAUGAUCUCAAGCCUUCUAACAUUAAGCCGCCGACCAAAGAGGAACUGGUUGACAGCGACUAUGACGACAGUGACGAGCUGCCGUACUGUUGUAUCUGCAACGAGGAUGCAGUGACUAGAUGCAAGGACUGUGACCUUGACCUCUACUGUCAGCGCUGCUUCAGAGAUUGCCAUGCUGAAUUUGGAAGGACGGAUCACAGAACUUCUGCUUACAAGGCCCCAAAAGGCUACAGUUAGCUGGACUGUUGAGGAGAAGCCAGUAUCUAGAGGGGACAUCUGAGACAACUUUAAACUGUGAUUAUGUGGAAGGAUUAAAUCUCUGAAUGUGAACAACAAGACUUCUAUGAAAGCACCACAUAUGGACUGAUGAGCUUUUCUAAUUUUUGGAAAUUUCCGUUUUUAAAAGCUGGUCAGAAGUCAACAACAACAACAACAAAACUUUUGUUCACUUUUUCCCGCAAAAUGAAGGAAAGAUUGGUCAAGUUUUCAAAACCUCAUGUUGAAAUGUCUUUUACUCAUUUUCAGUUGUUCAAUCCUCUUUUUUCAUAUCAAUACGGUAUCAUAUUUAUGGGCUCUCUUUUGCCAGGGUAGUUUGAGGUCUAAUUGCUUUGUUACAAUUGUAAACUAAGUAAGGAAAGAAAAGACAUACGGUACCUGAACCAUUGGGAGAAUGAUGAGCUAGAGUGCACGCUGGCUCCCGUGUGUCUGUGCUCUUUCUCUGCUCACACUGUGGUUGACGUUUGACCUUGUGGGUAGUUGGUAGGUGCUCUAGUGUGGUUUGCUCCUUCUUUGCUAUCAAACAUCUGUUGUAAUUUUCUCUUCUCCUUUUCUUUGCU